AUGCACUGGCUCCCACUCGCUUGUCUCCUCGGUCUGCUGUCUCGGACACUUGCACGACCGGACCAGUCGAUCGCCAAGCGGGAUGACCCUGCACUACACACAUGGGCUCUCACCAUCUGGCUUGGAGGAACAUGCGACGUUCAGACCUCGCCAUCAACGCUUCUCGAGACAUUUGUAUCUCAGCCUGAUGCAUUCAGACUGAUCGUUGAACUCUCCAAGAGCAGUAGUAGGGCAUCCGACUGGACCGUCAAGCUCCUCAAAGUGGAAGUCGACUACACGGCAGUCGCAGAGAUGUCUGAUGUCACUCCUGAUGGCAUCAUCGUCGACAUUUCAGUGAGCGUCCCGUACAGACCAAUCGAUGGUCACAAGCUGUGGACCUGGUUCUUUUGCUGCACCUGCAAGCUCAACCUGAAGAUGCUCUUCAAUCCCGCCACGAACGAAGCGCGGGAGAUCUGGUCAGAUCUGCAUCUCUACUGCAAACCCGAUGUCAGAGCCGCAUCUGUCCUGGAAUGUGAUCUCAAAGAGCUCAACAACCCACCUACCGUGACGCCCUGCAACCUCUUUCACAAGCUCGACAUUUCCACCCCCAACUCGCCUCAGCAGGGUGUCAAGUACGAGCUGGAAUUCUAUGCAGAGGGGGAAUGCGGAGGGGCGCACGGCGUCAUCGGCACUCCGGAGCAAGCUCACAAACCGGCGACAGUAGACGUCGAGCUUCUGCCGCCUCCAGAUCUUACUCAGAAGUGGGGCACUGAAUUCUCGGUUCUGUGGCUCGAACAGGGAACUUUCAACAUCUAUGCUCGCGCAUGGAGAGGUGUCAAGUUCAGAGCCGUCUUGUGGCUUCGUUAUAUCGAUUAUGACAAUGCUGCCUGGCCUCUCUGCUGCCAAGGUCGUCUCAUCGUCGAAUUCUUCAUCAACGCCUAUACGGGCGUAAUCUUCAUCGGGCACCAGGCAAUGGCACUCUUCUGCAACCCUCAUCCCCUAGCACCCACAAGGGAGCAGGGUUGCUCACCUUCUGCCCUUGCCUCGAUGGGACAACACAAGUCCGAUUACGCUUGCCCGGCUGAAGUGCGGAUCCGGCCGCGACAACAGAAUGCAAGCUGA